AUGUCCACUAACAUAUCUAUCAACGUGAUACAAGUUCCUGCCCGUGCAAUCGUAGGAGAUUUAGUUCCAUUUCAUCAACAAGCUCUUGCUAACGUUGUUGGAAGCACAUUACUUGCAUUAGCAGCUGUAUUGGCAAAUCUGCUUGGCGGAAUAUCAUAUUUCGUGAAAAUACCUUGGAUUACGUUAAAUGAAAAACAAUUUAUAAUAAUUACGGGAACAGUCCUCAUAGUUAUCUUUGGAACAAUCACUUUACUUGUCGGAACAGAAGAACUGUUGCAUGCUAAGUUCGGUCAACGAUAG